GGUCAGACCCAUUGUCUUGGCUUUUUCUAUGUUUCCCAACUUGCUUUGUGUCUCUUAGGUCUGAUGCUGGCGUAUAAAGGAGUCCAAGGAAAGUCUUUAGCACUGAAUCAUUAGUGGGACAGUAUGGAACUUGGGCCUUUCUCUGAGCUCUUGCUGAUUGUACUUAUCCAUUGUGGAGAAACUCAAGAGAUACCAAAAGUUGUGGCCUCCAUAAAUCCUAAUGAACCGGUGUUUAUGGGAGAGAAUGUUACUCUUACAUGUGGCAUAGGAAAAGGAGAAGGUGUCUAUAAUUUGCAGUAUCACUGGAAGAAAGAGGGUUCAGUCACUCCUGUCAGCAAUGAAAUGGAGUACAGCAUCAGUUCUGUUGAACAGUUUCAUGCUGGCAAUUACAUCUGUGAAGUUAAAGACUCAAAAGGCUCCACCGAUUCUCUGGCCAGUAAUGCAGUGUCACUGACUGUAUUUGCUACUCCUGAAGCUACAGUAACUGUGUGGCCAGGAAGUCCUGUGUUCACUGGCGAGUCAGUAACUCUGAAGUGUGAGGUUGCAGGUUAUAAUGGGUGGAAAUAUGAGUGGUACAAGUUUAAAACAAUCACUUCCUCAUGGACUUCAGUGACUCCAUCUGAGAAUUAUACUGUGAAAGGAUACAGUCUUAGUAUCAGGGAAGAUGCUGUAGUAGACAGGGAAGCGUACCGGUGUAGAGGAGUGCGAUAUCACAGACCAAGCACAACACAGUACAGCACCUCUGCUACCAUCAUUACAAAGGCUUUACCCAGAGUUACAAUAAGUGUGGAUCCACAGAGUCCUGUGUUCACAGGAGAAUCAGUCACUCUGAAAUGUGAGGUUAAAGACUAUGAUGGCUGGACAUAUCAGUGGUAUAAACGAAAUAACCUGAAUCAAUGGAUUGUAUUGCUUCAGUCAGUGCAUUACACUGUAAACAGAGAUACUAUCACCAUAAGCAGAGAUGCUGUGGUUAAUGGAGAACAAUACAGGUGUCAAGGAAAGCGACAUGACAGACCAAGCGCAUCACAGUACAAUAAUGUUACCCUCACUGUAAAAGCAGUGAAAACUAAACCUGAACUCACAUCCAACCUUCAAGGAGCUGCACUCACAGGAAACCCAGUGACUCUGUACUGUAAAUUGAAGCAGUCUGCUGGAUGGAGGUUUUACUGGUCCAAACAUACACAGAACCCUGAGAAUGAGACCAGCACUGCAACAAGCUCCUACACCAUCAGCUCAAUGACGCCCUCUGAUGAAGUUAAGUACAGAUGUAGAGCCGGCAGAGGAAAUCCAGUCUACUACACACACUACAGUGAUGUGCUCUUGGUCAAAGUAACGGAGCGACCAAAACCUGUGGUGAACAUAAAGCCUGAUAAACUUAUAUUCGAAAGAGAGACUGUCACUCUCAUAUGCAACAUACAGGGAGGAGGAGACACCAGCUGGACCUACAGCUGGUAUAAGGAUGGUUAUAAAUUCAACUUAUGCAGCAGAUCACAGCAGUGCAAAAUCAGGUCCAUUACAGAGGCUAACAGUGGCAAAUACACCUGCAUAGGACAAAGAAGUGACUCUCAGAGCACAGAGACCAGUGAUGCUCUUACACUUAUUUUGUCAAGUGCUGCCCAGGCGGUACUGAGCGUGUUUCCACAGAGCUGGCUGACUGAAGGAGACACAGUGACUCUCACCUGUGAGGUUAGAGGCUCCUCUACAGGCUGGACAUUCAGCUGGUACAGUGAUAAUCAAAAGCUCCUCUCAAACAGCAGCAGAGGAGCUGGAGGCUCCUACACUGUCAGUUCUGCUGCUAUUAAUCACACUGGAGUUUAUAUGUGUAGAGCAGAGAGAGGAGAACCAGCUUAUCAGACACAGUACAGCAACCAACAGCCACUAUGGAUCACUGGUAUAUCUCCCCGAGUCUCUCUGAUCAUCAGUCCUAGCAUAACUCAGCACUUCAGUGGUGACUCUCUCUUACUGAGGUGUGAGGACCACAGUGGAUCUACUGGAUGGAGAGUGAGACGUUACACAGACAUUGGGAGGGUGUCAGAUUGUUCAUCAGGCUGGGGAUCAGUUACAGGAUCUACAUGCACCAUCAGUUCUCUCUUCACAGCUCACACUGGAGUGUACUGGUGUCAGUCUGAAUCUGGAGGGAGCAGUAAUCCUGUCAACAUCACAGUGCAGGUGUCUGGAGAAUCUGAUUCACAAGCUCCACCGUCCAUGCUCAGACUGCUCAGUAUUCUACUGCCAGCAUCUCUGUUCCUGAUUGUGUUAAUUGUUCUAGGUGUCAGAUGCUACAGUGCUCGAACCAAACCUGAUGUGCAUACCAGAAGCUAUACACUGAGAGAAGCUGAAACUUUGGCUUGAGAAGAUUAUUUUUGUUCUAGUUCAGUGUUUAAUGUCAAGUUUUGUUGUUUUUUUUCCCAUUAUAUUAUACUCCAAUGUGUUUUAAAGCCCCACAUUAGAAUUGCACUCAUAAAAACCUUCCUUUGUUAAAUGUUUGCGUUCUCUCAGGAAGAAGAGUUUAAUGGGCUUUAAAAGCUUUAAUAAGCCUUUUUAGUUUUGAAUAAUAUUCUUGCUCAAUUCUUCCUCUAUUUAGCUUAGGUAUAGCAUAUGUGUCUAUAUUUUGUAUUUGAACUUUACAUGGUUGUUUCCUUUUCCAUAUUUGCUACUGUUCAAGCUUGAUUAUUGUUCUUUACUUCAGUGCUAAACACUAUAAUAUGAAAUCAACAGAAAAGAUGCAUUGGCUUUUUUUCUACAUUUAUCUUAUCAGUUAGAUUAUGUUAUCGAUAUUCCUUGCUUAAUGGUGUACUUAAUAUUUUACUUUAAAGCUUGGUUUUUAAAAUUUGUUUUAUUUUAUUUGUGAAUUAAUAUCUAUGAUCUCCCUGGUCUCAUUUUUACCCUUUACACUCAGUUUGAGUGUAUUAUAAUUUAUUUCUCUGCUUUUAUGUCAGUCAGUUUAAGAAGAACAAUGCAUAUCUGUAAGAGAAGUGCUAUAUAAAUUAAACUGAUUUUAUUUAGUAGAAAAAUAUCUGAAAUGUAAUUGUCUUGGCUUCUAUUCAAAGAAAGAACAUUUUAAUAAAAACAAUACAUUUGUA